CAACCACCAGUGCGGCUCGUCCUUUUCCUUCGGCCAUUUUCCUCUUGAAGGGUUUCAGCCCUUCAAUAAGUAGCCAUGGCCCCAAGUCGGAAUGGAAUGAUUCUGAAUCCUCAUUUCCACAAGGACUGGCAGAAGAGAGUCCGUACUUGGUUCAACCAGCCAGCCAGAAAACUUCGCAGACGUAAGGCACGGUUGGCUAAAGCACGCCGCAUUGCUCCACGUCCAGUUGCUGGCCCCCUACGACCAGUUGUUAGGUGUCCCACUGUCAGAUAUCACACUAAAGUACGUGCUGGACGAGGCUUCAGCCUGGAGGAGCUAAAGGCAGCAGGCAUUAACAAGAGGGUGGCACGUACUAUUGGCAUUGCUGUUGAUCACAGACGCCGCAACAAGUCAACUGAAUCUAUUCAGUGUAAUGUUCAGCGUCUGAAGGAAUAUCGCUCUAGGCUAAUCAUCUUCCCAAGAAAGGCUUCCAUGCCGAAGAAGGGAGAUUCUUCGGCCGAAGAAAUUAAGGUGGCAACGCAGCUAACUGGACCUGUCAUGCCAAUCAAGAAUAUAUACAAAAGAGAGAAGGCCCGGGUGAUCUCUGAGGACGAGAGAAAUUUCAAGGCCUUUGCAAGCCUCCGUAUGGCCCGUGCAAAUGCACGUUUGUUUGGAAUCCGUGCUAAGAGAGCAAAGGAAGCAGCAGAGCAGGAUGUUGAGAAGAAGAAGUAAAGAAAUAAAAUAUCUGGAACUGUUCAAUAAAUAACUAAUCUUUUUAAAAAGAAAAAAAA